UCUUGUGCCUAAAGGGUCCAUUUUUCUGGGUCUCAGCCUGUUUCUGUUGUCUCAUUAUGUCUGGUCGUGGAAAACAGGGUGGCAAAGCACGCGCUAAGGCGAAAACCCGCUCCUCACGGGCCGGGCUUCAAUUCCCCGUGGGCCGAGUGCACCGGCUGCUUCGGAAAGGCAACUACGCCGAGCGGGUCGGGGCCGGGGCCCCGGUGUAUCUGGCGGCGGUGCUGGAGUACCUGACGGCCGAGAUCCUGGAGCUGGCGGGCAACGCGGCCCGGGACAACAAGAAGACCCGCAUCAUCCCGCGCCACCUGCAGCUGGCUAUCCGCAACGACGAGGAACUCAACAAGCUGUUGGGCAAAGUCACCAUCGCUCAGGGCGGCGUCUUGCCCAACAUCCAGGCGGUGCUGCUGCCCAAGAAGACCGAGAGCCACCAUAAGGCCAAGGGCAAGUGAACCUACUUAGAUCUCGGUGUGUGUCGCUACAACCUUUUACCCAAAGGCUCUUUUAAGAGCCAUCCA